UAUGGGGUAAAAUUUACGCUAAUUGUUGUUGAUUUUUGAUCAUUUCUCUUAACGACAACUUGAUGAAUUUUACCUCAAAGAAAUUUAUAAAUAAAUCAGCUUAUUGUUAUAGAGAGAGAGAGAGAAAGUUUUAAUCAUUGAUUGUUGUUAUUUUGAUUAAUUGUCUCUGUCUUCAUAUUUUGUAUUUUUCAUCAACAAUUUAACAAAUUGUUGUAUUUCUCGGUAUUCAUUUACCCAACAAUUAAGGUCAUCUGAGUUUAGCUACUUGUUGCUGCUUGAAAACAGUUCAUAAUCAUUUAAUUGUUUGUCCAAACUUGAGAAGAAAAUUAUUAUUCUAUUAACAUAAUUAUGGUUUAAUUGUUUACACAAUUAAACUUAUAUUUAAAGACUCACAACCUAAAACCACCCAAACUAACAAUCAAUUGAUUAUAUUUAAAAAGGUAAUUUAAUCAACGUUCAUCGGACUAAUUAGACUCAGUUAACUUUUGAUUCUUGUUCCUAUCAGAUCAAUAACUUUCAAUUUUUUCUUGUGACAAUUAAAUACAAUGGGAUUAAAAAAGUUUCUAUCAUUUCUUUUCAUUCCAAUCAUGGUUUCUGAGUGUUUCUUCAAUCCAUUUAGAUGGAGACAAACUAAUUGUGACAGUUACAAUUACAAUAGUGUCCAACAAUCACAUAUGCCUUUUAAUAAUUGUGCUUAUCAACAAUUAACUCGACCUUAUUAUCAAUCAACUUAUCAAUCAAUGAUGGAUACAAUGGAACCUUAUCCUUACUACAAUUCGUAUCAACAAUUUAAACCCUUCAUGAUGUCAGGUCAACAACAAUACUAUGGAUCUAAUCGUCCAAGUUAUUUCCCAAAUUACUACAAUUCCCUUGAAUCUCCGAUGACCACUGGCUAUUCAAAAAGUUGGCCUUAUUCAACAUUUCAGCCCAAUGUUCAGGUUCCCGUUGCUCCGAGCAAAGUAAACACUCAGAUUAAACUGAAAUCAUAUUGAUUGAAACAAUUAAAUCACCAAAACAAAACAAAAAAUGAUUCAAACAAUUUACCAAUCAACAAGCAAUCACCUUAAUCAUAAUCAUUUCAUUACUGUAUCCAUCACAAUUAAAGUAACUCUUUGUUACAAUUGUGUUGAAUUAUUUUUUCACCUUCAACAUUAUUAUUAUUAUGAAAGUUAAUUGUAAAUUCACUGAAUUUGAUUAAUAAAAUGAAAAUUAAAACAAA